ACUCGUGCCAGUAACCUUGCACGAACCUAUCGGGACCGUAAUACCCGGAGGUCCGCGAUUCCCGUCCUUCUAUCGGCCACUAUCACAGGACAGUAUUUCCAACACUUGCACAGCGUGAAUGCGCACGAUAUACCGGUGUCCUAUUGCUUGCUUGGCCCAUUUGAUCUGGACCGUAGUACGCGGAAGUUCACGAUCCGUAUCCUUCAAUCGGCCGCAUCAUGAUGUUAUUAUGCCACAUCACGCUACGCAAGUGAUGAAACUACUGCGUGGAAGUGGGAGUUCUAUUAUAUUUUCCAGGCUGCUUACGUCAAGGAUGCAAUUUCAUGCAAGUACUUAGGUAGACCGA